CUUUAUGCCAAAUCAGCCCCCUUGUCGGCGAAGCAUACUUGGUUAAAUGCAGUCUACUGCAGCAGAUGCGCUCUUUUGUCCGCAGUCUCGAUGCCGACCUCGAUGACUAGGUUCCCACAAGACGCGAAGGCCGGGCCCUAUAAGACCGCUCGUCUGGAGGCUCCGGACGGGAGGGAAGGACAUUCAUCGAUGCCUGCGACAAAGGGAUGAGAUGUGGGAGUCAUGGCUGCCCUUACCGCCAGUCUGACUCUGGCUUGCAACUACAUUUUCCUUGCCAUAUUACACAUUCAUACGGCAGUAGGAUCCGAAAUAUCGAGUGCGCUGCGUAGAAUUCACUCAUCGCAGGCGUGAUGAUUUGACGGAUGUGCACCGAGUAGUCGGCAGUGUAGGAAAAUGCUAUAUUGUUCAACUCGGAUUGACCAUUUGUUCGCAGAGCAGCCUGUUCAUCCUGGUGGAUACCCGUUCUCUCCGUGACGACUUGUUUUCCUUCUCAGAAAUGCACUCACCGCCCUCUUACACAGCACACUCACGAGCACCUCCCUUCAUUGCACCACAGCCUGGAGAAGUCCUGGCGGACGAGAAAGUAGGUUCGCUUUAUGAGCUUCAAACGCCCUCGGCCCUUUCCCCGGGAUCAACGGAUCAGCGUCAACGCAAUGGACUUCAGCCGUUCUUGGGCCUGCGGGCCCGAAUUUUUCUUGCCAUGCUAUCGCCCGCAAUCCUCUCACUCCUGUUCAUCAUUGCUCGCCUGCUGGCCAACUCGGCGGAUAUCGACUCGCGCGUCGCAGUCGCCAAAGCAACCCUGAUGAGCGACUGCCAGCGGGCGGAAGACGCGCUCACUUGGAUGCAGAGCUGGCCGCACUUUGCGGCGGCUCGUGCAAAUGAACGGACGCAAAAGGUGGUUGAAGGAACGGUCGAAGCCACGGGGAAGGUCCUCAUGCUAGCGAUCACCGCCGUCGAUGCAGUGUUGGUGUAUAUCGUCGACACCUACCGUUCACUCUUCCUUUGCGUCAUCGAGCUGCUUGUCCGCGGGUCACUUGCGCUUGUAAUGGAAGCCGUCGAUCUGUUCAACGAGGCGGUUCAAGUCGGGGCAAACGCCAUCAAAGCUGCUGUACAGGCAUCAAUCACGGCCAUUAAUGACACUGUCAAAGGGGUCCUCAGCAUAGCCAAUGACCUGCUUAAGCUCGUCGGGCAGAGCAUCGACAUUCCGCAGAUUACAACGCCGGAUUUGAGCGCACUUGACAAUGUGACUCUUCCGUCGAGCUUCCUGACCGGCUUGCAGGAUCUCAACAGCUCGCUACCGACUUUAGACGACCUUAGGCAAAAGGUGGACGCGCUGAUCACGCAGCCGUUCGACCAGCUCAGAACGGAUGUCAACGGAACAAUCAACAACUUCACCUUCGAUACGUCCCUUUUGCCCGUUCCAACCGCUGCACCACUGGCCUCGUUUUGCAACGGGCUAGGCAACACGCCACUGGACGACUUUGCGCGUGACCUGCGCAAGUUUACCUGGCUCGGAAUUGGAAUCAUUGCAGCGAUCGCUCUGCUGCUCGCGUCUGCAAUUGCUGUGAAGGAAGUUUGGGUGUGGCGCUGCAUGCGGACACACGUGCAGCGCACACGAGAAGCGUUUCGGGCGGCCGAGAAGCCUUCCAACGGCUCUCGAUCCGCAUACUUGUCUGCUAUCACCCAAGUCCCAGUGCCAGCGGAAUCAUGGCUGCACAACGAUGAUUCACUCUUCUCUCUGCUCCAGCUGUCGCACCACCCGCUGAUUGCCAGCAUUGUGUUGUGCGGUGGGCGUCAUGUGGGCCUUCGCAGCAAGCGCAAGCUUGACGCGACGAGGUGGUACCUAGCGUGGCUGACGCACCCGGCGGCAUUGACUGCUCUGGCGGUCGGUGUGGUGGGCCUUCUCACCACGCAACUGCAGAUUUUAGCGCUGCAGGCUGUCGAGGGGCACUAUCGAGAUAAAGUGGGCGCUACUUUCGACGACGCGAUGGAUGGCAUGUUUAACGGCCUGAAUGCUAGCAUGCGUGCAGCAUCGGCGCAAUUCGCAAACGAAACCAACACGGUGAUUCUGCAGCGUCAGAGCGAUCUCAACGAUGUCCUUUUCUCCUGGGUAAAUAUCACCACAUCGACAAUGAAUAACACCCUCAACGAGUUUACAGAUGCUGUCGCUGACAUCAUAAACUCGACCUUCGCAAACACACCACUGCUCGCGCCUGUUCAGACGUUUGUCAACUGCAUCCUGCUGCGCAAGGUCGCGGGGAUCGAGCAGGCGCUGACUUGGAUCCAGGACAACGCACACGCCACAUUUCCGCUCGUAGAUGACGGCGCGCUCUUGCUGGACGCGUCGCAGCAGAAGGAGAUCAUGGCACAGGCCAAGGGCAGAGCAAUCGGUGACAGCAGCGAGGGUGGGAGCGGGAGUGGUGGCGUCUUGGGCGAGAUCGCCGGAGGGUACGAGAAGAGUUUGCAGAAGGAACGGAUCAUGUUUCUCUUCUUCGUGGGAAUCUACGUCGUCGUCGCGCUCGUGGGACUGCACGCUAUGCUCCUCGCAUCGCACAGGCGCACGCGCAACAGCAUGGGCCGGUCGGCAGGAACAACAGCCAUCACCGUCGCCGCUGGGCCUGGAGUGAAAGCGCCAUCGGUGCGACCGCGCUUCAAGAUGCGAAAGGCGGGAAUCGACACGCUCCGCGGCCAGAGCAUAGCAGCGCUCAAUUUGCACCACGUGCCGUGCGACAGCGGUGGCGGCAGCGUUUCCGGAAGCGAUGCUAGCGCUGCUGGGGUUGGUACUCAUGGCGAUAGCAAGGCGGGAAACGCGAACGCAGGAUGGGUUCGGGCAAAUACUGCCGCUGUGCAGCAACAGGAGCCACAUUUCGAUCAUGGCUAUGACUACAGCUACAGCUCCGGGUCCGGCUAUGGAUAUAGCGCGACGGGCGGGCCCGCGUGGUGGGACCCGAGGCGGCACUAUGACUCGGGCGCUACCCUUGAUAUUUCGGGUCUGCACACACGAGAUAGCACACUGGAGUACCAACAGGACGUGGCGGAUGCGUGUCUGCCUUUGGAUCCGGCUGCAGAAACGGCUGUGGCUCCAGCUCCGGGUACGGCAGGGCACCAUGUGCCUGGGCUCGACGCGGGCCUGCGGCGCCGGUCGACGUUUGUUGCAGUUUCGCUGGGAGCCAGGGCUACAGAGGUUUACCACCACAUUGGCCAGUACGAGGGUGAUGAUGGUGAUGCUACUGCUGCUGCUAUUGCUGCCGCCGGUGGCGAGGAUGCCGUCGACGGCGAUGGGCGGUACCCGCGUUGGAUGCGGAGCCGCAUAUGUCUCGGGCAUGCUCGGCCAGCAUGCGACGGUGCGUUUCGCAUGUACGAUGGGCCUCCCGGGCAUGCGCGCGGGCGCGACGUGGGUGGUGAGGUGUGAGGAUCGUUGGUUGUCUCAAGAUCUGGUAUCCCCGUUGGUCUUUUGUGCGCGACUGGGUGGCUCGCGGUGUGGCAGUGCCGAAGCGCGGGCAUGCUGUGCACAUGGUCUGUAACAGAGUCUGGUUGAUGUAGCACGGAUGCUAUCGCCCCUGCGCGAUCAGCGCGUCUGCGCUGCCGCAGCGAUCGGCUGUGCUGUGGUAAAAGGAUAUGAGCGGGUUACCAAGGUCAAUGAGACAAGGAUCCAUCCGCCCGCCUGAUUCGGUCGGGGUGUGAAGGAGGAUCUGUAUAUAUUUGG